UAAAUAAACCUUUGUUUGAAACUUUUACCUUUUACCAUCAUGGCCGCAGUAAAUUCGUCUUCAAUAUCCUUGAAACGCUUAAAAAGGGAUACUGAUAAUGACCAUUAUUUUCAAGCAUAUUCAGAUCUUGGAGUUCAUGAAGAUAUGGUUAGGGAUUUUGUAAGAACAAAUACUUAUAGAAAGGCGAUAGAGGAAUAUUCCAAGUACUUUAAAAAUAAAGUGGUUUUGGAUGUAGGCGCUGGGACUUGUAUUUUGUCUAUUUUUUGCGCAAAAGCUGGGGCUCGCAAAGUAUACGCUGUCGAGGCAAGUGACAUUGUUUAUCAGGCUAAAAAAGUAAUUGAAGAAAAUUCUUUCCAACAUGUCAUCACUACGUUUCACUCGAAAAUUGAGGAUAUUAUUCUUCCUGAGAAAGUAGAUAUUAUUGUUAGUGAAUGGAUGGGCUACUUCUUGUUGUUUGAAAAUAUGUUGUCUUCAGUCAUAUACGCUAGAGAUCACUGGCUUCAGGAGGGCGGUAUUAUUCUUCCUGGGCAAGCCAAAAUCCAUGUUUGUGCGAUUUCGGCCGAUACUCUUUUGGAGGAGAAGUUAAAUUUCUGGGAUUCCACAGCUAAACUUUAUGGAGUUAAAAUGAGUAGUUUAGCGCCGCAGGCCCGUCAAAGUUUUCUUAAAGAAGUGCAAGUCGAGCAACUUCAGCCCGAACAAAUUUUAUCUUUUUCUCAGACUGUUUAUAUGGUUGACUGCUACACAGCCACACUCAAUACUAUAAAGGCCUUUAGGGCGCCUUUUUGUUUAAAAUUUAUAGGAGAUGGUAAGCUGGCGGGGUUAGGCGCGUGGUUUGACGUCACUUUUUGGCAUAGAGAAUUUUUGAGCGACGAAACCACUAAGCCUCUUACUCUCUCAACUUCUCCUGAAAGAUCACCUACGCACUGGAGUCAAACUUUGUUUUACUUUGACGAACUAAUUGAUGUCUAUCAAGACGAAACCCUUAGCGGGGAAUUGCAAGUUCAACUCAAUUCGCAAAAGCCUCGUUUCGUAGAUGUUUUUAUUCUUGCCGAACUUAAUAACUGGAAACUAGAAAAAUCUUUUACUUUAAAAAGUUUUUAUUAA